AUGCCAGGUAUUGUGAGAAAUGUGGUAGCAAGAGCAUUCAAGUCUGCAGAGCUUCCGCCUGCUUUAAGAGAGAGAGUACUUAGCCGGCAGAAGGAAGGAAAUAUACAGCGAUUGGAAAAGUUGGCCAAGUCAUUGCAACCCGGAGAAUAUCACAUUGAGCUUCAGGCGGAGUCUGAGCUGGUGAAAUGCUUCUAUCCCACCAAAUUUGCCAGAGUAGAGCUGCCGAAUGGUAAAAAUUAUAGUAACAAACAGCUAGAGAUGCUGGGAGAGAAUCUUCUUUUGCUGAAUAUGAAUAAGACGUUCCUGAAUCUGUUCAAGAGAUCGGAGCAGGAUAUAUCAGGUUUUGAUUUUAAUUUCGCAGCGAAAAUGGACCAUAUGAGUAGCUGGAAAAAGGAUUCGCCGGAAUUGAUACGACGUUUCCUUAGAAAUAAGAAGUUAACGAACCUGGCGAGGCUUCCAGCUCCCAGCAAUCGAAUCCCAGAAAGAAUUCAGCAUGGUUUCGAUCGAAAAGCUUUCAGCGCUGUCAUUGGCUACAUUUCGGUGACAAAUGAAUUAACCAUCGUUAGUAAAUUUCUGAGAGAGAAGAUUACAAACCCGAUUGCUCGGGCCAUUUUGCUACGCUAG